GCAAACAGACAGAAAGUGGAGUGUGCUUGUAUUUAUUACAAAUGAUCAUUAAAAAAAUUCUACAUGGUGCAACACAGUAAACUGCAAACUAAAGCAAGAAUGUUGAAAAAGGAGUAAGAUGAAAGGUGAACUUGAUCAGUUGUUUCUUUUCUAGCAGUGACUUCUGUGCAAACACAGCAUGCAAACUCCUGGUUAUUUUGAGCAGCAGUUCUAAUGAAGGUGUGGGCCGAGUAGCUGCACCUGUAGAUCCUGUCCUGCAGUAAUGCUUAGGUGGAGAAGAAAAAAAAACAUUUCCUCUCCGAGUCUCGCUGUCUUUUUUUGUGCUCCAUGGAUUAUGAAGCCAGUUGCAGUAAAAAGGUAAGCCUAAAAUGUUUCCCUUUUGUUGCUAAAGGUGGAUUACAAGAUUAAAAAGAGCCCUGUGUUUUCCCUUGACAAAGGUUUAUUGCUGAUCUUCAAAAACAUUCAAGUUAUUUUUUUUUCUCAAAGUCAACAAAAUUCCUUGGUCAUUUCUUUAAAUCAGAUAUGACAUUCCGGUGGGAAUCAACGCGUGGGAUUAAACUCCUAAACCUGGUUCCACUUUGCGGACUGUUGCUGGUCCUGGUCCUGCUGUAUAAUGACCCGCUUCUAAUCCUGUGGUGGCCCCAGAGAUCUGCCGAGAAUGCUGCAGUCUUGCCCCUGGAUAUGGCCCCAGAUUGCAUUGACGACAUGUAUGCCGGCUGUCGUUCUAAGUCCAUGUCUCUCAUCAACCUGUAUGGUGUGUUUGAGUGGCACGCCAACAUGAACUUUAGCUACGCCUGGGCUGUAGAUGAGAGAAAUGCCAAGAAGCCUGUGCACAAGCACCUACAAGACGAUCACGCCACGUCCUUGUACAUUUUCACAAAACUGGCCAACAUCCGACAGGAUUUCAACACGGCCGUGAAAACGGGGAAACAAAAGUACAGCACGGACGGCUUCAGGUUUCAUUUUCUGUAUUUCUACUUGACCGACGCCAUCCAAGCCCUAAAUCCGAACCACUCGGAGUGCCGAACCGUUUACCUCAGGACUUGGAAACGCUUCGACCAGGAUGUCAUAGACACAAACGUCCGCUUUGGGGGAUUCACUUGGGCAAUCUCAAGCAAGCAGUCGUUUGAGGCGAACGGCGACGUCUCCUGUUUUGAGAUCCAAACGUGCUUCGGCGCUGACAUCACGCAUUACUCCAGCGUAAACCAGAUGGGACAGGUGCUCAUUCCGACCUACGAGGUUUUCCGGGUGAUGGCCGUUGUGACGGGCGACCCGUGGUGCGGCGUGGUCUACAAGCUUCAGAGCACCAAGAAACCAAAGGCAGACCAAAACUGCAAACUGAGUCAGAAGCUAACAAAAUCUCUUUUGGGUGGAGGACUUUUAAGCUGGGGUGGAGGCAACACCCUGACCAUGUCUGCAUGCGCUGUGCUGCUAAUAAUAAACUCUUUUAUUCUCGUGAAACGCAAACAGAAAUGCUAUGUGGCUGUUGUGUUGGGUGCUCUGAUCGUCCUGGUAAUUUUCAUGUUAUUGCUUAUUUAACUGCAGUCUUAAUUUACAUUAUAAGCACUUGUAGGAUAUUAAAAUAUUCCAAAAAACUUUUCGUUUAAUAGUAUUUACCUAAAUAAUUAACGACAAAGUGGUGAUUGUUUAUUCUAAACGAAUGUCUUUGUAUUGCAUCUGUACAUUGGGGAAUUUUGUAAAUUCACCACACCAAAUAAAAUAAAGCCAAGUUCUGCUUGUGCUAACUUUGUAAGCCAAAUUAAAAGAGCCAUAACACAGAUGAAAAAUUAUAGCUUCAAGUCUAACAUGUCUUUAAAUAAUGUUUUUGUUUAAUUCUAGGAUUGAUUUUAACUUUACUCUGGUUUAUGGUUGAACUGUCUCUUUGCACAAAAUCUGAACUAAGUUUUAGUUUAUCAAUUUGUGGUUCUGCUUGUCUGAGCUCCACAGGAAGUGGUCUUAUGAGAAGCAGGAC